AUGGAGAUGUCUCCUCUCCUGAAGCUCGUCUCAAUCACUCUACUACUAAUAACAUGGUUUCCUCAUACCAUGGCAGCGACAUCCCUCCUGGAAGAACAAGCAGAGGCCCUCCUUGCCUGGAAAGCCACACUCCAGAGCCAUCCAACCCAACUACAAUCCUGGGGAAGUGCAAACAACAGUGCAUGGCCGUGCAGCUGGCAUGGCAUCAGGUGCAGCAAGCAUCGAGCAAGGCGCCGGGAGGUGAUCACCGAGAUCUCUCUAGCCGGAUUGGGGCUCGGAGGGGAGCUCGACAACCUCAACUUCACUGUGCUGCAUACUCUGAUGAGCAUCCAACUCUCCAACAAUAAGAUAAGGGGCUCCUUUCCAUCUUCUUUAGCAUCAUCCUUACCAAACCUGAGACACCUAAUGCUCCAAGAGAAUGAGCUUUCCGGUGAAAUACCAAGCCAAAUAAAACUACUAGAGAGUCUGGUCGUGUUAGAUUUCUCAGCCAACCACUUGUCUGGCCCCAUCCCCACUGAACUAGGCUACCUAAAUAAGCUGGCUAGGAUAGAUUUAUCCAACAACAGCUUCACUGGUCAUAUUCCAAGAAAUCUAGGGAAAUCAACUAGUAUCACAAUAUUGUACCUUGGUGGUAAUCGGUUAUCCGGAUACAUCCCUCAAGAACUAGGUUACCUGCUGUGUUUAAAUCAGUUGUCUCUUUGGAAAAACAAAUUAAUUGGUUCCAUCCCCAAUUCCAUUGGGAGAUUGAUUAACCUCACAGGCUUGUACCUAUGGGGUAACCAACUCUCCGGACGUAUUCCUCAAGAACUUGGUUUCCUAGUAAACUUAGAAGAGUUAGAUCUUAGCAGCAACCAACUCACAGGUUCCAUUCCCAGUACAUUUGGAAGUAUGUCAAAGCUCACUAUGUUGCACCUUUUUGUUAAUGAAUUAUCUGGAUAUCUUCCUCGAGAACUAGGCAACCUGUCAAAUCUUGAAGACUUGGAACUUCACAACAACCAACUCAUGGGUUUCAUCCCCCAUAUCUUUGUAAAUUUGACAAAGCUCUCUAUCUUGCGCCUUGAUGCUAACCACUUCUAUGGAUAUCUUCCUCGAGAACUAGGUUACAUGGUGAAUCUUGAGAACUUGGAUCUAAGUGAGAACAAACUCAUCGGUUCCAUCCCCAAUACCUUUGGAAGUUUAACUAAGCUCACUCGCUUGUACCUUUAUGGUAAUCAAUUCACCGGAUAUAUUCCUCGAGAACUUGGUUACCUAGUGAAUCUAGAAGUUUUAGAACUUAGCAACAACAAACUCAUGGGAUCCAUUCCCGGUACCUUUGGAAGUUUGGCUAAGCUCACUGGCUUGCGCCUUGAUGGUAAUCAGUUAACCGGACAUAUUCCCCGAGAACUCAGUUACCUGGUGGAUUUACAAGAAUUGGCUCUUAGCAAUAACAAGCUCACGGGUUCCAUCCCUGAUGCCUUCAGAAAGUUGACUAAGCUCAGAAAAUUGCGUCUCGGUGAUAAUAAUCUCUCUGGACAUAUUCCUCAAGGAAUCGGUACCUUUAUGAAUCUUGUGGUACUGCAACUCGGUGCAAACAAUUUCUCUGGUCCCUUGCCACCUGAGUUGUGUGCUGGAGGCCUUCUCCAGAAUUUAACUGCAUUUGAUAACAAUCUGAAUGGACAAUUGCCAAGUUUGGGAAACUGCAAAAGCCUAGUUCGAGUUCGUCUUGAAAGGAAUCAAAUAGAAGGUGAUAUCUCUGAGUUGGGAGUUCAUCCUAAUCUUGUUUAUAUGGACAUGAGUUCAAAUAAACUAUUUGGUCAUUUGUCUUAUCACUGGGGAGGAUGUCAUCAUCUUACCAAGCUAGGCAUAUCAAACAACAACAUCACAGGGAAAAUACCUGCAAGUAUGGGGAGGCUAUCUCAGCUAAAUGUACUUGAUCUCUCCUCAAACAGUCUCGAAGGAGAGCUUCCUAGAGAACUAGGCAAUUUAGAACGAUUAUUCCAGCUGCAUCUUGCCGAUAAUUUAUUCCAUGGAAGCAUACCACAAGAAUUUGGAGCAUUGUCCAGUCUAGAGUUGUUGGAUUUAUCAUCAAAUAACCUUAGUGGUUUGGUACAAGGAUCAAUUGAGAAUUGUUUGAAGCUCCGCUCAUUGAAUUUGAGUCACAAUAAUUUUAAAGGAAACAUCCCUGUAGUGCUUGGGGUGUUGAACAACUUACAUGACAUGUUGGAUUUAAGUGAUAAUUCAUUUACUGGGAAAAUACCUAGCCAACUUAGUGGUCUGAUAAUGCUGGAUAAUUUGAAUCUUUCACACAAUGAACUUUAUGGUGUAAUCCCAUCAUCAUUUCAGAGUAUGAAAAGCUUGACAUCCAUUGAUUUGUCUUACAAUGAAUUGGAAGGACCAGUCCCAGAGAGUAAGCUCUUCAAAGGAGCUCCAGUUCAGUGGUUCAUCCAUAAUAAGAUGCUAUGUGGCAUAGUGAAAGGAUUGCCUCCUUGCAAUAACACAACUUGGAGUGGAGGGAAAAGGAAACGAUACAAAACACUUGUACUAGCCAUGAUUACUCUAGUAUCUCUUAUUCUUGUUGCGGCGGCGUUGAUGUUCACAAAUGCAAGGAAGAAAUCCAUGAAAAUUAAAGAGGAUAUAUCAACACCCAAAAAAAUAUUCUCUAUUUGGAAUUUUGAUGGGGAAGAUGUAUUUAAACAGAUAGUUGAAGCAACCAAUGAUUUUAGUGAAACACAUUGCAUAGGGACUGGGGGAUAUGGAUCUGUCUAUAAAGCCAAACUUGCAACAUCUGAAAUAUUUGCAGUGAAGAAGAUACACAUGAUUGAAGAUAACAAUUGUGUGAACGAGUUGGUAUUCAAUAGUGAAAUCGAGGCAUUGGUGCAGACUCGGCAUAGAAACAUCGUAAAACUAUUUGGAUAUUGUUCCUGUAGCCAAGGCAAAUAUCUUAUCUAUGAAUAUAUGGAGAGGGGAAACUUGGCAGAAACACUAAGGAACAAUGAAAGGGCAAUUGAAUUGGACUGGAGAAGGCGGAUAAAUAUUGCACUAGAUGUUGUUCAUGCUUUGGCAUACAUGCAUCAUGAUUGUUCAUUACCAAUAGUCCACAGAGAUAUAACAAGCAACAACAUUUUACUUGAUCUGGAAUUUAGGGCUUGCAUCUCCGACUUCGGUAUGGCUAAAAUUCUCAAUAUUGAUGGUCGAAAUCUCACAAGUCUUGUUGGGACGAAAGGCUAUAUUGCCCCAGAGCUAUCAUAUACAGAGAAUGUGACGGAGAAAUGUGAUGUAUACAGCUUCGGAGUUCUUGUUCUAGAGCUAUUUAUGGGAUACCAUCCAGGAGAUUUUCUCUUUUCUCUCUUGUCGUCCACCAAAAAUAAUGAUGUGUGCUUGCAAGAUGUGCUAGACUCAAGGCUCAUUGUCCCUAAUGCUGAAACUGCUAGGGAAAUAUACUACAUCCUCAGUGUUGCAGCUCGGUGUCUGGAGCCUAACCCAUCAAGCAGACAAACAGCACGACGUGCCAGUGACGAGCUAUCUGUGAUUAAAGUAUGUGAAGAUCAUGUUGAUUAUAUGCAUACUGGCCUCAGGAUUCCUGCAAAACAGUGCCUAUGA